AACGCGUCAAGACCAAUUGAAUUUCUUUUGCCACUACAAAGUGACACACAUACGGCAAGGUCAGAGCUGCAACAACAAAAACAACGACAACAACGAAUACAACAACAAGAGCACUUACAACACAGCCACAGCAACAACAUGGAAGGUCAGGCCAAACAAGCAUACUUCGUCAAUGAAGCAUUUAACCACGAAGAGCAGCAACUUGGUGCGGGUGGAGGUGGUGGAGAUAAUCUACAUCGUCGCAAAAGUGGUGGCACAUCGCACGGAUUACACUUGGAUCUGUCCAAGAAAGGCGAUGUUGCUCCUCCCAUCACAACGCCUACCAUCGACUUUGAUGACAUUUUGCCACUGAUUGGCGAAUUUGGAAGCUACCAAAAGAUAUUAUUCCUCUGCAUGAUACCCUUCUCGUUCUUUGUGGCCUUCGUCUACUUCUCGCAGAUCUUCAUGACACUAAUUCCCGAGCAGCAUUGGUGUCAUGUGCCCGAGUUGGAAGCGUUGCCCGUCGAGGCAAGAUUGGCCCUCUCCAUACCGAUGGCUAAUGGCGAGUACAACAAUUGCUAUAUGUACGAUGUGAAUUAUACGGAAGUGCUGGCCAAGGGCAUGAUGAUGGCUGAUACCAAGUGGCCGCAGGUCAAGUGUCGCAAUGGCUGGUCCUACAAUUUCACGGAGAUUCCCUACUCGACAGUGGCCACGGAACAAAACUGGGUUUGCGACAAUGCCGCUUUGCCCACCUAUGCCCAAUCCAUAUUCUUUCUGGGCGCCAUUGUCGGUGGUUUGCUCUUUGGUUGGAUAGCUGAUCGUUUUGGACGCAUUCCGGCGCUGAUCUCCUGCAAUCUGGUGGGUUUGGUUGCAGGUGUGGCCACAGCCUUUGUUUCGAACUUCUGGGAGUUUGCCGCGAUGCGAUUCUUUGUGGGCUUCGCCUUCGAUAAUUGCUUCACCAUGAUGUACAUUUUGGUGCUCGAGUAUGUGGGUCCCAAGUAUCGCACAUUUGUGGCCAACAUGUCGAUUGCCAUAUUCUUUACUGGCGCCGCUUGUCUGCUGCCCUGGAUCGCUUACUUCCUGGCCGAUUGGAAAAUGCUGGCCAUUGUUACAUCGGCCCCUUUGUUGCUUGUGGUAUUCACCCCCUUGAUUGUGCCGGAGUCGGCACGCUGGCUCGUCUCGCAGGGCAAGGUGGACAAAGCCAUUGGCAUCCUGAAGCAGCUGGAGCGACGCAACGGCAAGCAGGUGCCCCCUCAGACCUACAAGAACUUCAGUGAUAGUUGUCAGCGCAUGCGCGAGAAUGAAUCACAGAAUGGCAGCUAUUCGGUGCUGGAUCUCUUCAAGUCCCCACGAUUGCGGCGCACAACCUUGCUGCUAAUUGUCAUCUGGAUGGCUAUAUCCCUGGUAUUUGAUGGUCAUGUGCGAAACGUCGGCUCACUAGGUCUGGACAUAUUUUUCACAUUCACGGUCGCCUGUUUUACGGAGUUUCCGGCGGACACUUUGCUUACGUUCACCCUGGACAGGUUCGGACGUCGCUGGUUGGCCUGCGGCUCCAUGGUGGUCAGCGGCAUCUUCAGUCUGCUGGCCACAGUAGUGCCUAUGGGUAUUUACUCAGCUUCCAUGGCCAUAAUGGGUCGCUUCUUUGUCAAUAUCUCCUACAACAUUGGACUGCAGUAUGCGGCGGAGAUUCUUCCCACUGUGGUGCGCGCCCAGGGCGUGGCCUUCAUUCACAUCAUGGGCUAUGUGGCCAGCAUUAUAGCGCCUUUUGUGGUCUACUUGGCCAACAUAUCACCCUCACUGCCUCUGAUUAUUCUUGGCCUGCUCGGCGUUUUCGGAGGUCUGCUGUCGCUACUCCUUCCCGAAACUCUGCAUCACGAUCUACCGCAAACUCUGAGCGAUGGCGAGGAGUUCGGACGCGGUCAGAGCAUUUGGGACUUUCCCUGCCUGGCCAAGCAUGUGGACGACGACGACGAAGCUAUUCGUCCAAAAUGCGAAGAUGUAGAGGUGCGUUCGCAGGCAUUCGUGCGUGGCACCCAAACCGGCGCUUCCUUGAAUGCCUCGACUCGUGGCGAGCUACGUUCCAGUAUCCUGCGGCGAUCGGUGCAAUCGCGUAACUCUACCAAGUUGUAAAGCAACUUUCGUGGGCUGGAGUUGCCCUCACUGCCCAGUAUUUACUUAGCUAAUUCUUAAGUAGGAAAAUGUCCAGCACCAGCACGAGCUGUGUUAAUAGCAUUUCAUAUACAUGCUCUUAGCAUUUUAUAAACUUACACGAUCUUGUGAUACUAGUCUUAAGCAAGAACAUUUAAUGACAUCUCAAUAAAC